AUGGGAUCUCCAGAUUUAGAUCAGGACAUCUCCCCUGUCCCCCGCUCGCGGGAGGAGAAUCAAGAGAGAGCCUUUAUUGCGGCUUCGCGCCGCAAGGACCGCAGCUUGGAUGCGCGGCUAGAAUCUGCCAAUCGGGCUUCUAUGCUUCAUAAGAAGCGUACCGGCAAGGCCUUCCAUAUCACCAAGGAUAUCGUCGAGAAGGAAGCCAUGUAUGAGGAAGUUGACGAGCGAUAUCAAGAGAAGCGAAUUCGCAUGUUGCAAGCCCAAAAUAUGCAGAUUGAGGAGCAGUUCCAUCGCCAUCUACUCGCUGCCUUUGCAGCCCGUGCCAGCAGCUCUUCGGCUUCUUCAAUUGCCAGUCGUCGCUCCAGCAUGGCCCCGCGCGCCUCCAUUGACGGCGGCAAUUCCCGGAAGAUGAGCUUGGACCUGUCCAACCUGCGGACUCCUUUCCCUCAGGGAAUGGAUACAAGCUCAUUGAGCAGCCCUAUGACCUCUGGCACCGAGGCAUACGCUAUGUCACCGGCGACCAACUUCGACCACAACUCCCAGUCUUACAUGCAAUGCAUCGAUGGCUCAGAUGCCUCAUCCGCCUACUCAGGCAUGAUGACUUCCGCACCAGCGGCGCAAAUCCCGGCAUAUGUCACACAGAGGCAGACCCCGGGGCCCAACUGGCCCACCCAGAUGACGCCGUCCUGGGCCAUGCAACAGCAAGUCCCCACCCCAAGCCAAACACCCACCGAUGCCACCGCGGUGCAUAUGUGGCAGCAGCAGAUGAUGCAACAGGCGCAAAUGCCGGCGGACGCCGCAGCCGCCGUUCAGAUGCGCCAGUUCAGAGAUCGUCUUGCUUCUGCCCCGGAACUCCCCGUGCAACACAUCGCUCCUCAGCCCGCUCCCGCCGCAUCCAUUUCCGGUCCCAGUGGCGGCGGCCACUCGCGUGGAAAGUCGCAGCCAAGCAACAAUAUCCACCGCCUUAAUCUGCUCACGCAGGGUACACACCUGGCGCAGAUGGUUCCCUCUGGAAACAGCUCGCCCAAGGUCGAGGUGUUCUCUGCCGCGACUCAGUCUACACCUGAUUUCUGCCCUACUCCCAACACACCGCUCUCGCCCACUGCUGUUGGAACUGUUCAGGCAGACCUCUCAUACAAGCCGGAAGGCGACGGCAUCAUGGUCUCCCACGAGGAAUUGGAUGCGGACUUUAACGAGUUCAGCCAGUUUGCUCUGGGCCUGGGCAACUCGUCCCUGCAAGAGCGGGAUUUCAACGGGUUCGACGAUUUCGUCCACCUUGAUGAAUAUGGUUCAGUGUCCUGCUGA